AUGGUUCAAUCCCGGCUAACGGCGAUGUAUUCCCGGUUUGCGGUGUUUAUAACCCGGCUGGCGGUGGUGUUAUCCCAGCUAGCUGUGAUUACCGCCCGGCUAGGUGCGGUGCUAUCACGGUUAGCUGUGGUUGUAGCUCGGCUACCGGUGGUGUUAUCCCAGCUAGCGGAGGGUGUAGUCCGGCAGAUGGAGCGUGUGUACCCAAACGCGUCGCGCUGCGUCACUGCGCACCAAAGCUCUGCACGGACGAUGUGGUUCACCGGUGUGGCCAUCGCUUCGGUUUACGGUGUGAUCAGUGUUUUGGGUCUAAUCGGCAACAUCACGCUUAUUAAGACAUUUUGCUCUGCCAAGUCCAUCCGUAAUGUGCCCAACCUGUUCAUGUCCAGCCUGGCGCUCGGGGACGUUCUGCUGCUGGUGACCUGCGCUCCGGUGGACGCCAGCCGGUACCUGUCAGAGGAGUGGCUGUUCGGCAGAGUGGGCUGCAAAGUCAUCCCCUUCAUCCAGCUUACCUCUGUCGGAGUGUCUGUGUUCACCCUCACAGCUUUGUCUGCUGACAGGUACAGGGCUAUCGUGAAGCCGCUGGACAUCCAGACAUCCAGCACUACCAGCGGCAUUGUGCUGCGGGCGGCGCUCAUCUGGCUCCUCUCCCUGGUCCUGGCCAUCCCUGAGGCCGUCUUCUCUGACCUCCAUACGUUCAACGUCACCUCCACCAAUGAGACCUUCAUCACCUGUGCCCCUUAUCCCCAUGCUGGUGAAAUGCACCCCAAGAUUCACUCCAUGGCCUCCUUCCUCAUUUUCUAUGUGAUCCCCCUGAUGAUCAUAUCUGUAUACUACAUCUACAUCGCCCGUAGCCUGAUGAGCAGCGCCUCAGACCUUCCUAUGGAGGGGAACGUCCAUGCCAGACGACAGAUUGAAUCCAGAAAGCGUUUGGCCAAGACAGUUCUGGUGUUUGUUGGUCUGUUUGCUGUGUGUUGGCUGCCCAAUCACAUCAUCUACUUAUACCGGUCAUAUCAUUACUCACAGGUGGACACCUCUCUGGUUCACUUUGUGUGCAGCGUCGUAGCUCGGAUCUUGGCCUUCACCAACUCCUGCCUCAACCCAUUUGCCCUUUACCUGCUGAGCAAGACCUUUCAGAAGCAGUUCAACCAACAGCUGUGUUGCUGCUGUCGUAUGAUCCUGAAACGGUCCUCACAAAGCCCGACGCAUUAUAAUACCCGUGUGACCUCAGUCCGCAGCACACAUCACUCCAUGGCAAGUCUCACCAUGAUCAACGGGAGACACAUGUGCCAGGAAGACUGUGUGUAAAAGUAAAACUAAAAUAAUAC